GGCUAUCAGCAGUGAAAGGGGUCAUGAAAAGUGUCAGGACGUUACCUGGACUGCAGCCUGGUUCUCCAGCUGGACCUUGAUCUCCUGCAGCUCAGCCUCCCUGGACACCAGCGCCCCCUGCAGCUCUGAGGACAACAGUUCGGUAUUUCUGACCUGGGCUCGGGCCAGUUCUUGUUGGGCCGCCGCCAUCUUGGCCUCCAGGCUCUUCCUGCGCUCCUCGUCCGCACGCAGAGCGUCGGUUCGCUCGGUCAACUCCCGACCCAGACGGACACAGUCCUGCCUGAGACGGGCCAGCUCCGCAUUCUGCCUGCGGGGAGGAUUAGGGUUAGGCCGACACACAUAUGGACAGUCAGCACUCCCGGAUCUUGCUGCGUACCUGACGUGCCCGGUAACCGCCAGCGGAGGGCGCUCGUCCGACAGCCUGAAUCUCGAGCGCCAACAGCAGCAGCAGCAGAAGAAGAACCUCUCAGCAGCACAGCCAGGUAGCCGCUGGCUAACGCGAGGCUAAAGCUAACGGGAUGUCUACGGCCUCUAAAGUGGUUCUGGGAGUUUCUGUGGUUCUGACUCUGAGCACUGUGGCUGGAGUUCACCUCAAGCAGACCUGGGACAGACAGCGUCUCCACGAGGGCGUAGUCAGAGAUCUGGAGCGGCUGGAGAGGAAGAAGGAGAAUCUGAGGCUGCUGGAGGAGCAGAAGACUCUGACCAGACAGCUGGAGGAGGAGAGGCAACGCAGAGAGGCAGAGCUCCGCCCACACGACCACUGA